AUGGCCCCACCCGGGGGCCACUCCCCGCUACCCGACCCCGCCCCACAUAGCCCCUCCCCCAAGACCCUGCCCUCACCGGGAUGGCCCGCGGGGAGUCUCGGCAGCGGUGGGGAGCUGCACCCGCGCACCGGGCGCCUGGUGAGCCUGUCGGCCUGUGGGCGUACAGCGCGGCGGCAGCAGCCGGGCCAGGAGUUUAACCACGGGCUGGUGUUGAGCCGGGAGCCCUUGCGCGAUGGACGCGUCUUUACGGUUCGCAUCGACCGCAAGGUCAAUUCCUGGAGUGGCUCCAUUGAGAUUGGGGUGACGGCGCUGGACCCCAGUGUCCUGGACUUCCCAAGCAGUGCUACAGGACUGAAGGGGGGCUCAUGGGUAGUGUCGGGCUGCUCAGUGCUACGGGAUGGACGCUCGGUGCUCGAGGAGUACGGGCAGGACCUGGACCAGCUUGGCGAAGGGGACCGUGUGGGCGUAGAGCGCACAGCAGCUGGUGAGCUGCGGCUCUGGGUGAAUGGACGAGAUUGCGGCGUGGCCGCCACGGGCCUGCCCGCGCGAGUCUGGGCCGUCGUGGACCUUUAUGGCAAGUGCACCCAGAUCACCGUGCUCCCCUCUGAGCCAGGCUUCAGCCCUCCUCCUCCCAUCCCCACGCCUCCCCUUGAGCCCUCCGCACCCCCUGAAGAUUCUGCUUUGGCUGAGCAGGGGGUCCCUGCAGAUGAAGCCUUCAUGGUGUCCCCUUCAGUGCAGGCCCGGCCAGAGAUGCUUCCUCACAGCCUUGAGUCGCAUAAUGACUUUUCCAGCAUGGAGCUCUCCGAUGUGGUGAGCAACGCCAUCCUGUCCGCCUACAAUGGGGGGCUCCUGAAUGUGAGCCUGAGCUCCCCACCAGCAGGGGAAGGGCCCGGGGCCAGCUGCGCUGCCACCUCACCCAUCCUUACUUCCAACGAUGCCCUGCUCUUCCACGAGAAGUGUGGGACCCUCAUCAAACUCAGCAACAACAACAAAACGGCCGAGCGGCGCCGGCCUCUGGACGAAUUCAACAAUGGGGUGGUCAUGACCAACCGCCCCCUUCGGGACAAUGAGAUGUUUGAGAUCCGCAUCGACAAGCUGGUAGACAAGUGGUCAGGCUCCAUUGAGAUUGGUGUCACCACCCACAAUCCCAACAGUUUGGACUACCCAGCCACCAUGACCAACCUGCAGUCAGGCACCAUCAUGAUGAGUGGCUGUGGGAUCCUGACCAACGGCAAGGGUACCCGCCGGGAGUACUGUGAAUUCAGCCUGGAUGAGCUGCAGGAGGGUGACCACAUUGGCCUCACAAGGAAGUCCAACUCUGCCCUCCACUUUUUCAUAAACGGCAUCGAUCAGGGCGUGGCUACCCCACUGACACCCCCGGUGGUAUACGGCGUGGUGGACUUGUAUGGGAUGGCAGUGAAGGUGACCAUCGUCCACAAUAACAACCACAGCGACCGUCUGCGCCGGAACAAUGCCAUCCUGCGGGCACUGUCCCCUGAGGGUGCCCUCCGCCGCGCUGCUCCUGCUGCCCAGGCAGAACCUGAGCGCCUGCUCUUCCACCCCAACUGUGGGCAGAAGGCAGCCAUCACCCACGAGGGACGCACUGCCCUGAGGCCCCAUGCCACUGACGACUUCAAUCACGGCGUGGUGCUGAGCAGCAGGGCCCUGCGGGACGGAGAGGUGUUCCAGGUGCGCAUCGACAAGAUGGUGGACAAGUGGGCUGGCUCUAUCGAGAUUGGCGUCACCACCCACAACCCUGCCUACCUCCAACUGCCCUCCACCAUGACCAACCUGCGCUCUGGAACCUGGAUGAUGACUGGGAAUGGAGUAAUGCACAAUGGCACCACCAUCUUGGACGAGUACGGGCACAACCUGGACCGCCUCAAGGCAGGGGACACGGUGGGCGUGGUGCGGCGGGAGGACGGGACCCUCCACUUCUUUGUCAAUGGGAUGACCCAGGGCCCUGCUGCCUGGAAUGUGCCCCCGGGCGUCUACGCUGUCGUUGAUCUCUACGGCCAGGCGGCCCAGGCCACCAUUGUGGACGACAUGGAAGUGCCCCCAGUCCCCGAGCCACUCCCUGAGGGCAACAACCAGGUGUCUCCCAGCUCCCCGUCAUCUGGGGCCGGGGGCUCCGACUUGCGCUUUCACCAGCUGCACGGCAGUAAUGCCGUCAUCACGAACGGGGGCCGCACAGCACUUCGCCACAACUGCCGCAGCGAGUUCAACGAUGCCAUCGUCAUUUCCAACCGGGCCCUGCGGGAUGGAGAGCUGUUUGAAAUCGUCAUUCAGAAGAUGGUGGACCGCUGGUCAGGCUCCAUUGAGGCUGGAGUGACUGCGAUUCGACCUGAAGACCUUGAGUUCCCCAACACCAUGACGGACAUUGACUAUGACACCUGGAUGCUGAGUGGCACAGCCAUCAUGCAAGACGGUAACACGAUGCGCAACAACUACGGCUGUGACCUGGAUGCGCUGGGCACAGGCGCCCGCAUCGGCAUGAUGCGCACUGCCAAAGGGGAUCUGCACUACUUCAUCAAUGGCCAGGACCAGGGUGCCGCCUGCUCAGGCUUGCCUCCGGAGGUGUACGCGGUAGUGGAUCUGUAUGGUCAGUGUGUCCAAGUGUCCAUCACCAGUGCCACUGGCCCCCUGGACAACAGCCUGGCGACCAGCAACACGGCCACGGAGAAGUCAUUCCCCCUGCACUCCCCAGUGGCUGGCGUGGCCCACCGCUUCCAUAGCACUUGUGGCAAGAACGUCACCCUGGAGGAGGAGGGCACGAGGGCAGUGCGUGCAGCUGGCUAUGCCCACGGCCUUGUCUUCAGCACUAAGGAACUCAAGGCUGAAGAAGUCUUUGAGGUCAAAGUGGAAGAGCUGGAUGAGAAGUGGGCAGGUUCCCUCCGGCUGGGGUUGACCACGAUGCCUCCAGGGGAGAUGGGGCCCAGCAUAGGAGGCGGCCCAGGCCUGCCUCCCUCCCUGCCAGAGCUCCGGACUAAGACCACCUGGAUGGUGUCCAGCUGUGAAGUGAGGCGUGACGGGCAGCUCCAGAGGAUGAACUAUGGCCGGAACCUUGAGAGGCUCGGGGUGGGGAGCCGCGUGGGCAUCCGUCGGGGAGCAGAUGACACGAUGCACAUCCUGGUAGAUGGAGAAGACCUGGGACCGGCAGCCACCGGCAUUGCCAAGAGUGUGUGGGUUGUGCUGGAUCUGUAUGGACCCGUACGGAGUGUGUCUAUCGUCAGCUCCACGAGGCUGGAGGAGCCAGAAGGCACCCAGCCUCCUUCCCCCUGCUCGGAGACCGGCAGCGAAGGCGAGGAGGAGGAGGAGCAGGAGCAGGAGCAGGAGGACGAGGGAGAGGAGCGUGUUCUGGGAGGCCAGCAGCAAGUGGCCAUGAUGCCCUCAGCCCUGGAGUUCUUGGAGAACCACGGGAAGAACAUCCUGCUGUCCAAUGGGAACCGGACAGCCACACGGGUGGCCAGCUACAACCAGGGCAUUGUGGUCAUCAGCCAGCCCCUGGUGCCCCAGCUGCUAGUUCAGGUGCGCAUAGAUUUCCUGAAUCGACAGUGGACGUCUUCUCUCAUCCUGGGGGUCAUCACCUGCCCACCGGAGAGGCUCAACUUCCCUGCCUCCGCCUGUGCCCUUAAGCGGGCAGCCUGGCUGCUGCGUGGCCGUGGGGUCUUCCACAAUGGCCUCAAGAUCUGUGAGAAGUUCGGGCCAAAUCUAGACACUUGUCCUGAAGGCACCAUCCUGGGACUGCGGUUGGAUAAUUCUGGGGGGCUGCAUCUCCACGUGAAUGGGGUAGACCAAGGGGUGGCCAUGCCCGAUGUCCCCCAACCUUGCCAUGCCCUCGUGGACCUCUAUGGGCAGUGUGAGCAGGUGACAAUCGUGAGCCCUGAACCAGGGGCUACCAGUGGUAAGGGUGCUAGCACCCAAGGAGACAUGGAGAAAGCUGACGUGGUAGAUGGUAUCAAGGAGAGUGUGUGCUGGGGGCCGCCUCCGACUGCUGGCCCUCUGAAGAGCUGCGAGUAUCACGCCCUCUGCUCCCGCUUCCACGAGUUGCUGCUGCUUCCGGAGGAUUAUUUCAUGCCUCUACCCAAACGUAGCCUUUGCUACUGUGAGUCUUGCCGGAAGCUUCGAGGGGAUGAAGCCCACAGACGCCGAGGAGAGCCUCCCCGGGAGUAUGCCCUGCCCUUCGGCUGGUGCAGGUUCAACCUCAGAGUGAAUCCCCACCUGGAGGGUGGAACGCUAACCAAGAAGUGGCAUAUGGCGUACCACGGGAGCAAUGUGGCGGCCGUCCGCAGGGUGCUGGACCGAGGGGAGCUGGGAGCAGGCACUGCCUCCAUCCUGAGCUGCCGGCCUUUGAAAGGAGAGCCUGGGCUGGGGUUUGAGGAGCCGGGAGAGAACUGUGCGCCUCCUCGGGAGGAGCAGCCUCCUCCAGUACUGCUUUCCCCCUCCCUUCAGUACGCUGGGGCUGAGACCCUGGCCUCCAAAGUGCAAUUCCGGGACUCCAAGUCCCAGCGGACUCACCAGGCCCAGGUGGCAUUCCAGGUGUGUGUGCGCCCAGGCUCCUACACCCCUGGGCCCCCCUCUGCUGCCCUCCAAGAGCCUCCUGACCCUCACUUCAGUGCAGCUGAACUGGAGUGGGUAACCAAGGAAAAGGGCGCUACACUCCUCUGUGCCCUGCUGAUCCGGGUGGAAUGAGGGGUGAGACCCCCACUACUUCAAGCACAGUAGGGCCCUAGGCCCACGGACUCUGGGCACUGACUGCCUCCACCUCAUUGCAAUGACCCAUGGCAUGCACGGGUGCUCAGUCCUGGCAAAUCUGCAGGAGCAUGUAGACGAGCUCGGGUCUCCAAGGGAAGUGGAGGGCAUCUCCAUGGCGGAGGGAGGAAGGGGUGUGUGCCCAGAUCAUCCCUCUUAUGUGAGGGGCCUGCGGCGCCCAGCUGCAGGCCCUGGGUACCCCUCUUCGUGCACUGAUUUGGGGAACAAGACUCCCUGUUACUCCCGUCCUCGUAUCACUUAAUUUAUUUCCGUUGUGUUUAUUUGUUUUGUUUUUCUGGUUACUGUGAACCCCAGAGGAGUCUCCUGUACCCCACAUGAAGCUGCUUUUUUCUCCCUGGGGUCAUGGAUGGGGCGAGGGUAGGGAAGGACAGCCCAGGCCAGGUGAGACGGGAGCCUGCGGCCCCGGACAGUGACUCUGAUUUCUAAGGAGCCAAUAAACACUGUCUGAGAACAUC